AUGGCGAUGCACACUUUGUGGGUCCGCGAGCACAACCGUAUUGCAACAAACCUUAAAUUACUCCGUCCCUACGCGGAUGACGAGACACUGUUUCAAGAGGCGCGUAAGAUUGUAAUAGCAGAGCUUCAGCAUAUCACCUAUAAUGAGUGGCUUCCAGUAUUAUUCCCCAGUAAAGAAUUGGUAAGAACUUUAUCAAAGUACGUUAAUUAUAUCCGCACCUAUAAUGAGUCCUGUUACGGCCUCUUGAACUAACUUGUUCUUCUGUUCAUAAUCAUUUCACUAAUAUUCUUACGCAUUUAAUUAAUUUAACUGUUAGAACGUACUGUGGUUUAAAAUUUGACUUCCCUAAAAGCAUACGUCAUGGGCAAUGCGCAAUUAAUUUCCUAGGAGACCCACAGUUUGAUGAGACUUAAGAACCGGUAAACAAAUUUCAAAUUUUUAAGUUUUGAAUUUGAAUUUUUUUUUUCUUAAUUCAGUCUCUAUGUUGUUUAAAAUAACGUUUUGGCUAUGAAUCUCAGCCUUAGUCAUAUUCUUGAGAUGUUUUUAAGUUUAAUUUUACCUUAACCGUUCUUCGAAAAAGGGUUGGUACUGAAAAAGAGUCACUGUGUGACUGUCAGUUCAAUGCUAAAAAAAAGACAUGUUGACCAGUGCAGAGAAUAAGUUUUUUGUUACAAUAAAAAAAACAGUAAAUUUUAAAUAGUUGAACUCUCACGGAAGAAUUCGUUCCUAAAUUUUAACUUCGCUUUAAAAUCAAAUACAUUUGCACUUUGUCUAGUAUUUUACUGAUUCGCUAAAAAUGCUCUAACUUGGAAACUGGUAAAUGCGUCAUGUUGUCAAAGUGACAAUUUUGCAUGAUUCUUGCCUUUGCAAUCAUUUAUUCUUUUAUUUGUUUCUUUGUGUUCUAACGCUUGGUCCAGCGUGCACGUAUGUUGAGCUCUAACUCUUUAUAAACAGAGUCUAAACUAAGGGGGCCUCCAUACUUGGAAAAAAAAAACGGCCACUUAACUGAUAACUGAUCGGCGAGAGCACACACAUUAUUUGCGUCAUCCUUGCCCCGGCAUUUAAUACAAGAGAACGCAUUUUAAAAAUUUUUUUAUAUUUCUUUUUCAGAGAAAACAAUUUGGUGUUCUUUUAGAACCUAAAGGAAAAUUCUUCACUGGAUAUAACCCCGAAGUGAAUGUGCAAUGCACCAACGUUUUCUCUACAUCCGCUCUGAGAAUGGGUCACAGUUCAAUUCGCGCCCUUUUUGCUCUGACAGCAGCCGACGGCACCUUUAGUCGAUUUAGAGGAUCUGAUCGGUCCCUGCCUAGAGACAUUCGUUUUGCUGAGCUAGUUGACUUCUUCACCCCAACAAGGUUUUUUAAUAAAAAUGAACAAAGCGUCCUUACAAGAAUUUUGUUCGGGUUGAUAUUUUUCGAGGCUCAGACUCCUGAUCGGUAAGUAGAGCGCUCUUUAACCCUUAAUGAUAUUCAGACUGGGCCUGAUUUAGGUCCCUAGGACUCUAACUCCAGCGGUGUAGUAUUUUUACUGACACAGCACGCUAGCAACACACCAGCACUGCGCGCAUGCCCUGUCCAUUUCCUGAUCCAAGCAUAUCGGAUCCACGUAACCAAGACUGCAGUUUUAGCUUCCUCUCUCGCCAAAGGUCUUCACAGUCAGCCCGCAUGAAGUUCAAACUCCCAUCGUUUGUUGGUGACCCUUUUUAGCAUUCUGUCCGUGUAACGUUGUGUUCUUUUAUACUCCAUCAUACCCUUUUGUGUCGUACAGUCUUAAUAGCGUCAUAUGGUUAAAUUUUCAUGACAACGCUACAUGACUCCCUCAUAGUGUGAACAUAGCCUACCGCUGUGUUCACACUAUAUCUAUAGCUCUUACGUCGGCACGAAAACCAUACCGGAUAGGGCUUCUUUUCACACAUAAAUUUUUCUAAUGUGGUCUAUCAUGUGACAUGGAUUAUUUCGGUUUCUCUAAUCGACACCUACUUCCUCGCAUCAGCGAACUACACAAGCUCAGCUCGUUGAUCGGAAGGUACAUCAUGCGUGAAAGAACAUGGGGCCGAGAAGCCAACCCUCACGGACAAUUUUUCGGUCCUCAAAAAAUGCAGAAAUGAAUUCAAAAGCCUUGUCUACGAGAUACUAUUUAUACAAAAACUCAAACCAUCACUGAACAUUGAAUCGGAUUCGAUUCGCGCUAAGCUUUUCUAUUAAAUACAUUUACAUAGGGUGGAUUAUUUGCAGCAUACGACGGUAUACCCGUCCCAUUUGCCCACUGGAAUUUUUUUUUUUAAGCUCAAAAACAAUAAAAAAUUCAAACGGGCAAAUGCGAUGUAUAUACCCGUAUGCUGCAAAUGAAUCCACCCAUAAUAAUGAAGCACGCACGAAUGCAAUCUUAUUUAUUCAAACUAUACCUCUUUUAACAACUUUGAAACUUUACACUCUUGAUAAUGAUGUUCGAAGCAUCGAAAAGUCGAGUAACGCGUUCUUAAGUUCAAAUUUUCUUGUUAAAUCAGCUGCAAUAAGCACUGACCUGACUAUUGGACUUAAGUACAAAAUUAUUCUUAGUCCCCAGAUGGCCUUGUAACUUUUUUGAUUGAGUCAUUGUUUGUGAACAACUGCUCCUUCUUUAAUGUAGACGCUUAGUAUUAGAAAGAUGAUUUCUCUAAUAGAAUCUCAUUCCUUUUAUAGUAUCUUUGUGAACGCUGUACGCGAGCGACUCGUCAUUGAAGGCAAUAUCUUUGGCGAUCUCAUGGCCAUCAAUGUGCAGCGUGCUCGGGACCAUGGCCUACCAGGUUACGCCCAUUAUCGAGAAGUGCAUGGAUUGGGAGCUGUUAAUUCUUUUGAUGACCUUUCGGAUAGUUUCUCUUCAGAGCAGAUUGCAAGAUUUAAGGUUGUAUACAAAAAUGUCAAAGAUAUUGAUGUUUUUCCCGGCAGCAUAGCAGAGAGCCCCUUUCCAGGAAGGGUGCUUGGAAGCGUAAAUACCCAUGUUAUACUAAAGCAUAUGGGAAAGUUCCGCUCUGGUGAUCGCUUUUGGUACGAGAGAGAUGACCACUUGACCGCCUUUACGCUCAAACAGCUGGAUGAAAUAAGAAAAGUUACUAUGGCUAGAGUCAUGUGCGACAACCUUGACGGUGCCACCCGCAUUCAGCGUUGGUAUUCAAAACAAUAAAAUCCCGCCGACGUGUGGUUGACUGUGCAGACCUAGAUUACGUUGACCUGAAAGAAUUCAGUCAAGGUAACUUUUAUCUAUUUCAAAUAUUUCUAAUAUAUUCUAUUUAUUUUCAUCUUCCAUCUGUAGACUAAUGUUAUUACACUUGACGAGUUUUCUCUCGUGUUUGACAAACAGGAGACGCGGCAUUUUGAUGUGCAAGGGUUGCACAUCAGUUUUGAUUUAAAAUGUCUAUGGCUGGUGUCAACUGCUUUUGACCAAGGAUGGAAAUGUAGCAUUGAAAAUAGACCAUUUCACACUUGUGAGCUUGGUGUCCUAGCCUUUGAGUGAACGUGAGGCUGGGGUUGACCUUGUUUUAACACAAACCUCUUUCCUUUUCUCAUGGAAACUGUGCAAAAAAAAAAUUCCUAGUUAGCAUAAAACAUCAGGAUUUACAUAGUAAAGCAGGAAGGGUUGUAUUGGUCAACUCCCGCCUCGUUUUCGCCGUUAACUGUAAAAUGGUCUAUGAUAUGUUCAAAUAAUCAACCUCGGUUAAAAUAAUGUAUUGCUCAAUUAAGUUACACCGUGAGUAACUACUAUUUUUUUCCUUUUCUUUAAUUUUGAUAGGAGCUGGAGUGGAACCGAUGGAAGAAACUGGUGGUGAAGAAAGUGCCGCUGCCUGAAUCCUUCAUCACGUGUGAAACCCUUACCUUUCUUAUUCGUAAUUUCACUUUAUUCUAAGUAAAGAUAAGAUGAUCAUGCAAUCCUUUAAGAGAGACGGCACCAGGCAAGAAACCAAGCAUUUCUUCUAUUCAAAACCUGGAGUUUAAUCUCCUGCUUUAUCAAUAAAGUAUUUGAAUGAAAUGCCACGAAGUCUGAUGUAGUUAAUAGCGGCGAAUUUAAGGAAACGGAUCUGUUUACCCUGACGUCGCCCUUUACUAAAUACACCCUUUGACAUGAGCCAGUUUGGUAAAAUCCUUCG